AUGACGACUCCGUUCCCUCUCUUACGCCUCUCUAGACUUGCACUGAUUCCAGUUCUUCAACACAUGGAGCUUAUUGAAGUAAUUGCGUUUUCGCUACUUUCCAAAAAGGCCCGAAAUUUGUCGAAAAUUUGCCGCAAAUUAUCUGCCAUCUCCAUGAAUCUGUUUGUAGAGAGCGAUCACCUUUAUAUCAAAGUUGAUUUGAGAGGUGGAAAAUCAGUGCCCCUCUAUUUCUACACAGAGAGCGCUCCGCAAUUGGUCAAUGUGAUGUCUCAAAGAAGAAGGUUCACUCACGAAAAUAGCGGAUUGUCAGUAUCACAAUGGGCGGAGCGGAUUCUAGAUGUGACAAGUUGUGAAUCGAUUUGUCACCUUGAACUCAAGGGAUCUCCACAACUUGAUGUGUGCGACACUUUUGGUAAACUAAAAAAUAUCUGGAAAUUAUACAUCUUCAACGAGUGUUCCGAUAACUUUGCAAAGAAAGCGCUGGAAAUCAUCCUACCAGUUACCAGGGAAAUUACAUUCUACAGAAUUCCGUUGAAGACCAGAGAAGAGUUUCAGACAUUUCUGAAGAGCAAUUUGAACUAUUUGAAUAUCCAUACCAGCACUUUCCAGAAAUUUAAGUUCACUCUUGAUGACCUUCUAAACACAAACCUACUCAAACUGAAAUUGAGACAAGUCAAAUUGAGUGCCACAGAUAUCAGCCAAUUUCUUACAAACUGGUUUCACAGCAAACGCAACUCUCGACUAGAACAUCUGCAUUUGUACGUAAAGAGAGUUGGCAAUGCAACGUGUCUUCCGGAAGUACUGAACGCUGUUCCUUUUCCAGUAAACGAAGAGAGAACGUUCCGCUAUUCAAAACAGCUAGACACUUUAUCAGAAUCGUUUCUUGGUGGAUAUGAUAUCGAAAGAGCAGAUGGAAAGAAAUCCACAACUCUAUUUGGAACCUUUUACGGAGGGACGUUUUUUGAUUUUUAUGUUUGGCCGUGA